AUGUAUGCAGAGCAGCACACGUGGGAGUAUACUUCUAGUGAUGGUAUUCGAUCCCAUUAUCAUCGGGAGACCGCCGCUGAGAACGACUUUGGCAAACCACAACCGCUGACAUACCCAUAUAAUAUCUUCAUGAGCGACAUGCAAUUUAGGGAGCAACAGUCUAUUAAUAUGCCCGACCACAAUGAGUACGUUGAGUCAAUCAUGGCUAGGAAAAGAAGAGAAUAUGGCUUUAUACGAGCACCACCGUACCCCUUACACGGUCAUGAUACGGACGACCAUUCCAAGGGCGCGAUGCAGGGUAACAGCAGUGGUUCUCUUCGUCAGCCAACGGCAGAAGACUUCCUGCGUUCCAAUCAUCCACUCCCUGCACCACCGACCGAAGAGUACAACUCGGAUCAAGAUCUUCCAGUCAUUGAGCCAGACCCAUAUCUCCCGGAAGGUCUCAAAGAGGGACAUCUAGGCGGUCUGUCUCAGCAAUCAAUGGCCGCUCCCAAACGACACUACACAACUGCUGCUACCGCCGCCAAAACUUCACGUAUAUCACAAGAGAAACCAAAGCACAAACGCGCGCGGUCUGAGCUUAUCGCCCCUUCACACGCACCAUCUCUUGAACACGAACCAUCAAUGUCAGAGCAUCACAGCACAUCUGUACGUGUGCCGACUAUCAGCAGUGACAUGUACCAGCCGGCUCUAGGUGGUUUGCAGCGAGUAUCAGGUGUGCAGCGUAGGAAUUCAAAGCGCGAUCGCGUCAAGCGUUUCGUGAAGGACUUAUGUCCCUUUCGUCAUGAACGAAAGUUUGGGCGUCCCCAGAAUUAA